AUGCUGUCGUCGACAGCUUCACCAAGCCCAACGCCUGAGGGCUCUAUCCAGACGGAGAGCUCGUCUGUGUCGUAUGACGCCGUCUCUAUGAACUUCUCGUCCUUUGACGAGGUCGUCGACGCCGAGCCGGUCUUGGCGCCAACUUCUGCUGCUGGCCAGGCGGCGACUUCCGCCGAGUCAGGCACCGCCAUGCUGGGUUACCAGAUGGCGACCGAGUCCCCGCCAGCAACUCCAGAUGCCUCGGACGUCUCGACUGCGUCGUCGUCGGCUACGCCCUCGCUUUCACUCUCGCUCUCGCUCUCACCGCUCGACUCGCCCGCACCGCUCGACCCGCAACGCCCGCCUGCCCGCUCCGCCGCUCCGCCAUCGGUCCCGCAGCCGUUCCGCUUUGGCGAGACAAACAGGAGUUCAGGCGAGCCGAGACAGAUCGAUGAUGCCCGCCGUGGCCUCGAUGCCGAGAAUGCGUACACCAAGUUCAAGAAGACUGAAGCCAUCGCUGCCGGCGGACUGCGCCCGCGCGCUGCCGCGGCGCCUCGGGCUCCGCUCAGAACUCUCUCGGCCAACGCCUUUCGCAGCAAGCUGCACGACACCCUCGUCGCUUCGCGCAUCAUCCCGACCAUGCAAGCCCAGUUGCGGACACAGAUCCUCGAGUCGCUCCGCGGCAUUUCUGGAAAGGGUCUGGUGCCCAAGUCGAGCGCGGCCAGCGACACGUCGGCCUCGCUCACCGACCUCGCCAUCAACAGACUCAUCGCGCAGUACUGCGAGGCCGCCGGCUACCACUACGCGCUCUCGGUUUUCAUGCCCGAGUCAGGCACUGCUCUCGAGUCGCCGCUCGACCGCAGUGACGUGCUCAAAGCACUCGGCCUCGCUGCCGACGCCGUUCCCGACGAUGGUAGCGCGAGGUCGUGGCUGGCGCAGAUUGUGGCCGCGCUCGCCGCGCACCCCAGGUUCAAGGGCACCCUCGUUGAUGCGGGGUCUCAGACGUUGGAGACCGGCAUGGCGCCGGGCUCGUCGCUCGACUCAAAGCUCGCUGCAGUUGACAUGGCCAUGAACACCAGGCUCGGCGGCGCCGGGAGCACGGCUGGCUCGACGGCGUCGAUGGAGGAGCAAAUGGCGGUGUUUGAGCGUGAGCUUACCUUGCGCAUGCAAGAUCAGCUGCGCGAGCAGAUGGCCCAGUUCAAGUCGGCCGAGCUCUCGUCGAUGCGGCUGCAGGAGGCCGCCAAGCAUCGGGCACAGCUUGCGGCUGAAAAGGAGGCGCUCGAGCGCGAGUAUGCUGCCCGGGCCGGGCGCUGGACGAUCGCGACGCCGAGCUCAACCGCCGCCUCAAGCGCAAGCACAAGGAUUCAGACGGCUGCAGAGCGCGAUGCCGCGCUCGACCUUGCUCGUCGCAAGCUCGAGCUGGAGCGCGAGGAACUCCGUGCUCGCCGGGCAGCCCUCGAUGCCGAAGCCAACGAGCUCGACGAGGCCCGCGCCGCUGCCAAGGCCAAGGCCUGGGACGACUUUGCCCGCUACAAGCAAGAGUACGAGGCACUGCAGCGGGACAAAAACGCCGCUCUUGCCGCAGACCGUUCGUUCCUUGACGAGGAGCUUGCUGCGCUCGCCGAGCGCAAGGCCAAGCUCGGCUCGCUGCCUGCAGAGGCUUCUGAGCUCCGCUCUGAGCUCUCUGCCGCCAAGGCUGCUCUCGCAGACGCAACUGCCGAGCUCAACACGCUGCGCGCUGCCAAGGAAGCGGCAACAUCGAAGGAGGUCGAGUGGCUCGCACUCUAUACCCAGAUCACUGACGAGCUGGCCGAGGCCCAGUCGGUGGCCGCCCAGUCCGAGCAAGAGCUCGCUGCCGCCCGCCUCCGCAUCAUCGAGCUCGAGCACGACGGUGCGAGCAGGGGUGCCGCAGCGCCUAGCGCAUCGGUUGCUGCUGCCACCCGGGCGGAGCUCUACCCUGCGCCGGAAAUUGACUCGGUCUUCUCCGAGUACGCGGCUCGUGACUCGCCGGUCAAGCUGGCUCGACCGCGCGACGCGCGCGAGGCUGCGCGCGAAGCUGGACACGGCAGCGAGUCUGCGCCGAGUGGGGCGGGCACUAGCGAUGUGCUGGCCCGUGCGCAGGCCCAGAUUGCGGCGCUCGCCAAGGAGGAGGCCGAGCUCCAGUCCAAGCUCUUUUCUCAGUCGCGGGUCUUGCGGCAUGGCCAGAGCUCGCCGCCGCCGCCUGCCCAGCUGCCGUAUGCGCCGGCGCGGUCGACCACUCCGCCACGGGAGCCUGCGGCUCAGCCACAGUCGCCGGUUGAUGUGGAGCGGCAUCUGAGCUGCAUUCGCGGCGGUGAGCUGCGCCCGCUGGCAGGCAGCGGAGCUCUUCCGCUUGAAGAGCGCAUCCGCCGGCAGAUGGGGUCACCGCCACGGAGCGAGGACCGCAACGAUCAGGAGGCACGACUGCGCGCCGAGCGCGAGGCCCACGAGGCUGCGCUCCGCUCGGAGCGUGCCGCCGAAGAGGCGCGGCUGCAAGCGAAGCGUGCGGCGGCCGAGGAGGCGCAACGUGCGGCGCAGACCGAGAUUGCGCGAAUUCGGGCUGAGGCUGAGGAGGCCAAGCGGGCUGCGGAGCGUGAGGCCCACGAGGCGAGCACCCAGAUUGCUGCCGCGCGUGCGGCAGCUGAAGCCGAGGCCGGGUCUGUCGCCGCUGCCGAGGCUGCGCGGAUCAAGGCCGAGACCGCGGCCUACCGCGAGGCGGCAGCGGCUGAGACUGCAGCCCAAGUUGAGGCGGCACAGGCAGCACUUGCUGCUGCCGAGGCCAAGGCUGCGGCCCACCGUGAGGCGGCGGUCGUCGAAGCUGAUCGGGUCCGUGCCGAGGCGGUAGCUGCUGCCAGCGCCGAGGUCGAGCGGAUUCGGGCCGAGGCUGAGCAGCAGCGUAUCGAAGCGGCUGCAGCACUGGCCGCCGAAACCGAGGCUGCGCGAGAGGCUGCCGCCGCCGAGAUCGAGCGUGUCAAGGCUGAGGCUGCUGCCGAGGCCGAGCGUGUCAAGGCGGAAGCUGCAGCUGCUGCCGCCGAGGCUGAGCGUGUCAAGACCGAGGCUGCUGCCGAGGCCGAGCGUGCCAAGGCGGAAGCCGCGGCCGCGGCACGGCGCGAGCAGGACCGCCGCGACCAAGAAGAGCUCGAGCGGCAGGAGCGGGCAGCGGCGCGUGACGCUCGGCUCCGAGAGCAGCAGCGUGAGAUGGAGGCCCGGCUGGCGGAGCAGGCUUCGGCGGCUGCGGCGGCAAUGCCGACCGAGACAGCCACGCCAGCGGGUGUGUCAACUGGACUCCAAACGCAGGCAGUCGGGAUGGCCGACGCCGGGACUUCACCGAUGGCGAUGCGCCAAGACUCACCGCCUAUGGCUUCGUCCGGCUCAACGCUCGAGUCCAUCUCGUUUGAGGACACCGACGACGACCUUGACGAGCUCCUGUCGUACGGCGUGGGUGGUGCGGGCAGCGCCGUUGGCGCGAGCGGCGGUGCGGCUCGCGCGCCGCCGGUAUUCGAAUCGCAAUUCCGUCCGCCUCGUCUCCCGCAGUUUGAUGCUGAGCAGGAGGCGCGGUUGGCGCGCGAGCUGCAAGAGCGCGAGGCUCGGAUCGAGAGCGAAAAGUCGCUCCGUGCAACUGGUGCUCGCCAGGCACCGGCCGACGAUCCGGUUGAGACGCAGGUGCGGAUCGAGACCGAACGGGCGGAGCGGCUUGCGCGCGAAGACGCGGCGGCAGCUGCGGACCUCGCGUCGCAGCUUGACGAUGAGCAGGCCAAGUUUUUCGCCAUGGCCAAGGCCAAGCGCGAGCGCGAGCGGGCGGCGUCGGAGGCGGCGGCGACAGAGCCCGGCCGGCACGGCUCGUCGUCGACGUCGGCGUCGUCAGUGGACGAGCUUCUGCUCGAUGACUCGGACCUUGAUGCGCCCGCCGGUGGGUAUGGCGGACUGGGCGACGACGAUGACGACGAACUGUGGUGA